UUUAUAUAUUUUAUUCAAACGAUGAAGGGUUGCCUGAUUCUUUUGAUUGUCUCUACAAUGCUUGGCAUCACGAUAGGAGCACCCAACUGGGGGAAGCAAGUGUAUAAGCAACAAGAAUUUUGUUUCAAGGAUCCCAAACAUUUUGAGAACAGGAUAUUUGAUGUCUCAAAGUCCAACAACACACUACUCAAAAGCUUUUCCAAGGAUGAUGCAAAACUCCUUCUGGAGUACUUUAACAGCCUCAGCUACUUUGGAGAAUCAGCCAUGAUGUCUCAAUAUAAUUCUGAAGAAGAAGUAGGAGAUUUAGAGAUAACCAAAAUUGAUGUAGUUACGCUAUUAGAGAAUACAACUCUUCCUGACACUCUCUUCAUUGGCUUUGGUAAAUAUGAAGAAGGUGAGAAGGUUUCCAAAAACAGUCUUCUAGCUCUCAAGGUUGUCAUUGCAAUUGAAAAGGAUUCAAAAUCUCCUCCUUUUAACCUGGAGUCAUUCUGGUACAAAGGACUUAAGAUAAAGGCAUUGGAUUCCCUCUGCUACUACUGUUCAAAUGAAAUUGAAGAGCCAAGCCCAUGCAGACUGGAUAUGACUCUGAAGAGUUCUGGCAACAGAUAUGAGAUUAAUUCCAGAACUCGAGUUCAUUCUAAGAAAAUUAUGUCUGAAUUAAGAGAGACUUUCAAAGCAAACCUCAAAGGAGGAAGCGCAUACGAAACUAAUUACUUUGUUCACCUACUAUUAAUCGUCCUAAGUCUUAUCCCUGCAGCAGGAUCUUUAGCCCAUUAUACCUUUGAAGAUGAUGAGGAGCUCAAAUUUUAUAAAGGAACACCAGCUCAACGAGGGCUCUUUUUGAUCACAAGAAUUCUUUUAUAUUACUACAGUUUGUUCACAGUUAACAUAAUGUGGUUGAAUACUCCGGAGAAGAAGAUGUUGGAUGGGCUAUUGCUUGCAGCAAUCCUUCUCAUUUGUAUUGCUGCCUACUUAAUCUGUUCUUUUGUCGUCAUGACUCAUAUAAUACUGGACUUUAAUUCAUUUGAAAAGGGUUGAUGCGAGAUGGAUACAGAAAAGAUGGCCUUCGGUCCAAUAGCAGUUAUCUGUUUGCAGAUCGCGUUGUACAUCUUGCUUACAAUUAGUGGGUACUACAAAUGCUUUAUGUUUGACAAGGAAAAUCUUAUACUUUUAUUCAAAAUCAUGAUGUUGUUACUGCCAAUAAGUUUUAUCUCUAACUGUGUUAGCAAGGCCAAACUCCAUGACAAAUUUCUUCAUCUUGCUGUUGUAUUUUAUAUCACAGUAUUCCAGUUUACUCCUUACGGAACUUUGGACUCAUUUGGAGAUGACUUUUGGUUUAUAAUGCUGUUCUUUGUCUCCCAGGUUGUCUUCCUUUGUCUCAUACAACUCCAAAAGAAGUUUGAUUGGACAUUUACUUUUCCUGACAAGUUAAAAUGCAGAAACUAUAACAAAUUCAAACACAAGGUCCAAGUCACAAUGAGUGAAGAAGAUAUCGCUGAAACAUGAAGCCUCUGUAUGAACAAACUUACUGAGCCUGAAGUUGAGUACCAAGAUGGCAAAAAGAGCUUCAGCUUUGGAAGAAUAAAUGACCAAACCACCUUCUACCAACUCGACUGUAACCACAAAUUUCAUCCAAACUGCGUCCUUAAACCUCUCAAAGAGCUCCAAAGAUGUCCUCACUGCAAAAAAGUGUCGAAAUAA